UCAAAGACGGGGAAGACGCCCAUCAAAGACAUGUUUUCCGACCUGAAGGAUGGGAGGAAGCUACUGGACCUCCUGGAGAGUCUCACUGACUCUGUACUGACCAAAGAGAGAGGCUCCACCAGAGUGCAUGCUCUCAACAACGUCAACAAAGUACUUCAAGUCCUGAAUCAAAAUAAUGUUGAUCUGGUAAACAUAGGAGGGACAGAUAUUGUGGAUGGAAACCAUAAGCUGACUCUGGGCCUCAUCUGGAGUAUUAUCCUCCACUGGCAGGUGAAAGACAUCAUGAAGGAUAUCAUGUCCAACCUGCAGCAGACCAACAGUGAGAAGAUCUUACUGAGCUGGGUACGCCAGUGCACACGCUCUUACCCAGAAGUCAAUGUGCUGAACUUCACCACCAGCUGGGCUGACGGCCUGGCUCUCAACGGCAUCCUGCACCACUUCAGGCCAAAUGUAUUCAGCUGGGAUCAGGUGGUCCGACUGAGCCCUGUGGAGAGACUGGACCAUGCCUUCACUGUAGCCAAAGACCAGCUGGCUAUUGAGAGGCUACUGGAUGCAGAAGACGUGGCGGUGCAGUUACCAGAUAAGAAGUCCAUCAUCAUGUACGUAACAUCGCUGUUCGCCGUGCUGCCCAAAGACGUUACCAUGGAGGCUAUCAGAGAAGUGGAGACUCUGCCACGCAAAUACAAAGUGGAGUCUGAGGGCUCAGGUCGAGGACUCAGUGCUCUGAAUGUGCAGAUGGAGGAAGCGGGCAGCAGCCCCCGGCCUGAGACCCCCAGCCCCCUGACAGAGACUGAGGGGGAGAUGGAGGGCAGCAUGAUGGAAGUGGACCUGGACAGCUACCAGACCACGCUGGAGGAGGUACUGACCUGGCUGCUGUCGGCCGAGGACGCUCUGCAGAUUCAGGAGGAGGUGUCGGACGAUGUGGAAGAAGUCAAAGAGCAGUUUCACACACACGAGGCUUUUAUGAUGGAGCUGACAGCGCACCAGAGCAGUGUGGGUAAUGUGCUUCAAGCGGGAAACCAACUGAUAGCCCAGGGCAAUCUGACCGACGAAGAAGAAGAGGAAAUACGGGAGCAGAUGAGCCUCCUCAACUCCCGCUGGGAAAACCUCCGAGUGGCCAGCAUGGACCGCCAGGCCAGGCUCCAUGAAGUCCUGAUGGAUCUUCAGCAGCAGCAGUUGCAGCAGCUUUCUGAUUGGCUGUCACAGACAGAGCAGCGAAUCAGAAAGAUAGAAACAGAACCGUCAGUGAACGACCUGGAGCUCUACAAAGAACAGAUAGAUCAGCACAAAGAGCUUCAGAAUGACCUGGAGGCGGAGCAGGUGAAGGUCAACUCUCUGACACACAUGGUGGUCGUCGUAGAUGAGAACAGCGGUGAGAGUGCCACCGCUGCCCUGGAGGAGCAACUGCAAUCUUUGGGUGAGCGCUGGGCGGCUGUGUGUCGCUGGACAGAGGAGAGGUGGAACAAGCUGCAGGAAGUCUUCAUGGUGUGGCAGCAGCUUCUCUCAGACCAGACUUUAUUUAGAGAGUGGUUGGCAGAAAAUGAGGAGGCCUUGAGUGAAGUACAGACCAGCAACUUUAAGGACCCAAGUGAAAUGAAUUCCAAUGUGCGCCGAUUAGCAAUUUUGAAGGAAGACAUGGAGAAGAAGAGGAGGACUCUGGACCAGCUGUCUGAUGCCGGACAGGAUGUGAUCUCGCUGCUCCGGAGCCCUGAGGCCGGGGCCAAGAUUGAGGCGGACACAGAGGAGCUGGCUCAUCGAUGGGAUAACCUGGUGCAGAAGCUGGAGGACUGCUCCUUCCAGGUAAUGGAAGCUGUGACAGACGUUGGGAUGACUCAGGUGGAAGAGCAGGUCGUCGUGGAUACAGUUGCUGUGGCUGCUUCGAUCGCCGACCAGGACUUGGCCCCGCCUGCUCCUCCUAAGAAACGACUGGUGGAGACAGAUGCAGAAGUCAGACGAUUGUUUGAAAAUAAGCUGUCUGACCACUUGAUCUGGAUUAAAACAUGGAAGACUUCCACUCAGGCGCUGGCCUCCACACACCCUGACACUACACCUGACACACCAGACCUGCAGGAGAAACUUAAGGGUUUGGAGUUGGACCUCACAGAAAAGGACGCCACAGUGAGUCAAGUGAUCCAGGACGGACGGGUCUUGAUGGACCAGCUGGAGAGAGAGGGAGAGCGUGUGGACUCGGUGAGGGCAGACAUAAACCUGAUCCAAACCGAGUGGGAUGUGUGUGUGCGGGAGCUGCAGGCAGCCCGUGAGCGAGUUCACACUCAAAGCCGGGUCAGAGCCGUGUCUGCAGAGCUGGCAGACCUCGACCGAGCCUUCGAGGAACAAGAUCAAUGGCUGGACUCGACCCCGACUGUAGAGAAGUGCAACGAGGCCGGGCUCAGAAGUCGGAGUGGAGAAUGCCAGUCCCGACUUGUCCAGAUGACCGCCUCGAGCCCGCGAUUGGAGCAGCUUUCUGCGGAGGUGGGGUCCCUAGGAGCCGUGCCCGCUCUGAAAGACAACAUGGUGGUGGUAUCGGCGCAUCACGCCUCCACACUGCAGCGGCUACAGAGCAGAGAGCAAGACGUCCACAAAGCUUUGACCUGUCUUGAGGCCAGCCAGUUGAUGUCGAGCCAGGUGGAGGGCCUCGAGGCCAGACUUGCCACUCUGAGAGAAGGAGUUGUGGACAUCCCUACAGCUGAGGGAGCAGUGGAGCGGGCACAGGGCCUGUGUCUGGAUAUUGAGCAAACACAGCAAGCCUCAGAUUCUGAAGAACUACAAAGAUGGAGUCAGCUCUCCUCCAGAGCUCGUGAGGAGCUGGGUACACUGCAGUGCAUCCUGGGUAGCAUGAAGGACAAUCAGGUGCGUUUGGUGGAUGUGGAACGUUGGUUGGAAGCGGUUGAGGAACUUUUGUCUCGUGAUGCCACGGGGUUGGGCGACAAAGAAAGUUUAAAGGAAGAGGUUAACCAGUGCAAGGAGUAUGUGAAUGAGAUGGAGUCAGUGGAAGGUUCGUUGAAGCAGAUGGGAGAGAAUGUGAGCGCUGUACAGACGACUGCAGUCCCAGGACUAACCCAGUGGGGGCAGGAUAAGUUGGAUGACAGCCAGAGCAAAUGGGAAACACUCAGCAAAAAGCUGCUGAGGCAUCAGGAGUGCGUGGCGGAGAAUCGGGAGAGGCAGGUGAAUCUGAGGAAGGACUUGGCGGAGAUGCAGGAGUGGAUGACACAGGUCGAUGAAGAGUUUCUCAUGAGGGACUUUGAAUACAAGAGUCCAGAGGAGCUGCAAUCGUCGCUGGAGGAGAUGAAGAGGGCUAAAGAGGAUGUGCUGCAGAAGGAGGUGAAGGUGAAGAUCCUGAAAGACAGCAUCAACACGCUGGUGUCCAGAACAUCGCCCCCUAGUGGAGGCAAUUCAGAGGAGCUGACCUCGGAGCUAGAUGUGGUUCUAGCAAACUACAACAAGCUGUGUGACCGCUUCAAGAGCAAGUGUCACACUCUGGAGGAGGUGUGGUCCUGUUGGAUGGAGUUGCUUCAGUACCUGGAUAUGGAGCAGAGUUGGCUCAACACUCUGGAGGAGAAGGUCCAAGCUUCUGAAAACCUACCUGAGAGCACUGAGGCCGUCAAUGAAGCUCUGGAGUCUUUGGAGAGUGCGCUUCGUCAUCCCGGGGACAACCGGACGCAGAUCAGAGAGCUGGGUCAGACGCUGAUAGACGGGGGCAUACUGGACGAACUCAUUAGCGAAAAGCUAGAGGCCUUCAAUUCCCAUUACGAGCAACUCAACCACCAGGCGGUGAACAGACAGAUCAGCCUUGAGCAGCAGCUGCAGACUCUGAAGGAGAACGAGCAGGCGCUGCAAACACUGCAGGAGUCUCUGAGCCAGCUGGACCACACACUCACCUCCUACCUCACCGACCGCGUGGACGCCUUCCAACUCCCUCAGGAGGCACAGACCAUUGGUGCAGAGAUCGCAGCCCAUGAGGUCACGGUGGAGGACAUGAGGAAAAGGAACGUGGCCAACAUGCCUCCGCCUUCCACUGAUGGCAAAGCUGCUCGAGGUGGGACGAUGCUGGACCAGCUACAGAGGAAACUGAGGGAGAUCUCCACGAAGUACCAGCUGUUCCAGAAGCCAGCUAACUUUGAGCAGCGCAUGUUGGACUGUAAGAAAGUCCUGGAUGGAGCCAAGGAUGAGCUGCACAUUCUGGAUAUCAGGGACGUGGACCCGGAAAAAAUCCAGUCUCACCUCGGUGGUUGCAUGAAACUUUACAAGUUGCUGAGUGAGGUGAAGCUGGAGGUGGAGACGGUGAUAAAGACCGGCCGACAGAUUGUGCAGAAACAGCAGACGGAGAACCCCAAGGCCAUGGACGAACAGCUCACUGCUCUCAAACUGCUCUACAAUGACCUGGGGGCGCAGGUAACAGAGGGCAAGCAGGAUCUGGAAAAAGCUUUGUCUCUGUCUCAGAAGUUCCAGAAAGAGAGCGCCGCCCUGGAGGAGUGGCUGACCACCAGCGAGGCUCAGCUCCAGCAGAAGAACAGCUGUGGGGACAUGCCAGCGGAAAUUGAUGCUGAGAUCGCUUGGGCUAAUGGCCUGCUGAAGGAGUCUGAGCGUCGUAAGGCGGAGCUGUCCAGCCUGACGGAGACCAGCGCCGGCGUGCAGACGCUGGUGGAGGGCAGCGAGGCUCAGCUGGAGGACAAGCUCUACAGCCUCAAUGAAGCCUGGGGCCGCGUCCGCACCUGGACCGAGGACUGGCUCAGUGCUGUGCUGAGUCACCAGAAUGAAGUGGACAUUUUAGAUGAGAACUUGGCUCACAUCAGCACCUGGCUGUACCAGACCCAGAUCCACCUGGACGAGGCCGAGCGGCUCGCCCCGUCAGAGAGGGAGAAGGUGGUGACGAGCAUGCUGGAGGAGCUAGAGGACGUCGGUCUGCGAGUGGACAACGUGAGGGACCAGGCCAUCAUCCUGAUGACCAGCAGGGGGCCCGCCUGCAGAGAGGUGGUGGAGCCCAAACUGGCGGAGCUCAACUGCAACUUUGACAAAGUCUCCCAACACAUCAGAACUGCUAAGAUGAUGAACAGUCUGGAGUCAGUAAGUGUUGACUUCAACCAGCACAAACCUCAGCAGGUCAUCCUUAGCCAGGAGAUCCGAGCAGAGAGUCAGACCCGUCCUGCUGAGGUUCUGCUCUCCAGUGAGCUGAAGGACCUUAAGGCAGAGCUGCACGACACCCUGAAGGCUCUGCAGCAGCAGCAGCAGGACCCAACAAACAUCCUGGAUGAUGACAAGAUGGACGAGGAGAAAGCCGGCGUGGAAGACUUGCUGAGAAGAGGAGAGGAACUGCUGCAGCAAACCUCAGACAGCGGUUACAGGGAGGAGUUGAGACUUCUGCUGCUCCGGCUGCAGAGCCAGUAUUCUGCUCACAGGGAGUCAAGGGUGCUACAAAUCCGGAAGUUCGAAGCCUCUGUGGAGUCAACGUCUACCCACAUCUUCACAGAGCAGAUAAGCGAGUUUUCAGUCGAGGAGAUGUCUUCAGUGGAGCGUAGCAGCGCUUUCUCUCUAAGUCCCUCCGACUACCUGUUGGACAUCAACAAAGUUCUCCUCGCCAUAGCCGACAACGAGUUGCUUCUGAACUCCUCUGAGCUCAGCGGGGGGCUCUACGAAGACUUUUCCAGCCAAGAAGACACACUGAGGAACAUCAAGGAGAGUCUGGAGUGUGUUGGUGAGCAGGUCACAGGGAUCCAUGAGCGGCAGCCUGAUGCCAUCCGGGAUGCUUCGCCCACUGAGGUCGCCCAGAUCGGAGACGCCCUCACACAGCUCAACGCUGAGUGGGACCGCCUCAACCGCAUGUACAACCACCGCAAGGGGAGAUUUGACCGCGCUGUGGAGGAGUGGAGGCAGUUCCACUGUGACCUGAACGACCUGAGCCAAUGGCUGACGGACACAGAGACUCUGCUGUCGGAGAGCGUGGGCCCUGAUGGACAGCUGGACCUGAACUCUGCAAGACAACACCAACAGGAGCUGGAGGAAGGUCUCGUCAGCCACCAGCCUGUCCUGGCUGAACUGACCCACUCUGGGGAUGAGAUAACCGGGCAGCUGUCGUCCCCUGACGGAACCCUGCUUGAGGAGAAGCUUGACAAUCUCGGUCAGCGCUGGAGAACGGUCAACCGCCAUGUCCUUGAGAGGCAUCGCAGGCUGGCUGGAGGAGACCAGGCCCUUUCAGACCUGCUGAGGAGACGUGAGGAGCUGUCUGUAUGGUUGGAGCAGGCAGAAAACGCUGUCAGCUCUUUACCCAUCACCGCUACUGACAACAACCUCAGAGAACUCAAGGCCAUAGCAGAGGAGAUGGACGCACAGAAUGAACGUCUCGGAUGGGUAAACAAGCACGCCCCUCAGAUCCUCGCCAGUCCCAGCGUGAGCCUUCAGAGCAGAGACCAGCAUGUCAGCAAACUGAGAGCCAUUAACCUCAGCUGGAGCAGGGUGACCCAUGAGUUGUUGGACAAAGUGGGGGAGGUGGAGAACAACCUGCAAAGCCAUGCUCAGUUCCAGGACCGGAUGAACCGACUCACUGACUGGGUCGUCGUGACACAUCAAACAAUCAUGACCAGAGGCCUGAGCUCCAGCCAAGCACAGGCUCUGGAUGUGUCCAUGAGGGACAGGAAGAAGGAUCUGGAGGACCUGUUGGCUCAUUCUAUAGAGCUGCAGCGACGACAGCAGCUAUCGCCACGCGAAAAAAUGAAGGUGGAGGAGCUGGCAGGUGAUUGGAAAGCGUUGGACGGCCGACUGAGGGAAACUCUCCAGACGCCCGUCUCUCCGUGGACGCAGCACCAUGUUGUCCAACACCAGCAGCUUGUGUCUUCGGUCCCUUCAGCUGUGCAGAUGGCCAGCCUGGUGAGCGAGGACCCCCACCACCAAACCCCGCACACACCAGACAGCGUGGCGCCCACCGACCUCAACGAGACAGCCACCGAACUGGCAGACUGGCUUCUCCUCAUCACACAGAUGCUCAAGUCUAAUAUUGUCACUGUGGGGGACACAGAUGAGAUCAGGACCACUAUGGGACGUCUUAUGGUAACAAAGAGUGACCUGGAACAGCGUCACCCCCAGCUAGAGGACAUUUUCACUUUGGCCCAGAACAUCAAAAACAAGACCUCUAAUCUAGACGUCCGCACUUCCAUCACUGAGAAAUUGGAGAGGGUACGCAGCCAAUGGGACAGCACUCAGCACGGUGUCGAGGCACGGCUCCAGCAGCUGGACAACAUGAUUGGCCACAGCAACCAGUGGGAGGAGCAGAGGAAGGAGGUGAACGCUCUGGUUGGACACAAUGAAGGACGUUUCCACAACCUUCUCCAGCAGUCGGGUGAUCCCCUGACCAAACAGCUUGCUGACAACAAGGCAUUCCUCCAAGACCUGGGCCGAGGCCAACCUACAGUUGUGGCGUUCAACGAACUGUCCAAUCAUCUUUUGCGGGAAUAUUCUACCGACGACACCAGGAGGAUCAAGGAAGUCUCAGAUAAGCACAACGCAGUCUGGAACAGCAUCAACAACAGAGCCAGUGACCGCCACGCCCAUCUGGACAGUCAACUGAAGGGCCUGCAGGUGUCCCUCAGGGAGCUCGAGACCUUCCUCAAAUGGCUCCCGGAGGCAGAGACCACAGUCAACGUUCUGGCCGACGCCUCCCAGAGAGAAGACCUGUCGCAGGACUCCGCCCAUACGAAGGAGCUGAGGCGACAACUGGAGGUAGGGGCUGCAAAUGAAAAGAGAAUCGAUUAA